CCUCCCCCCCCUAUCUCCCUUCCCCCCCCCCCCCGCCCUCUCUCUCUCCCCUCUCCCCCUCCACCCCCCCUCUCCCCCCUCUCUCCCCCCUCUCCCCCCCUCCCUCUCCUCCCCCCCCCUCUCUCCCCCCCUCCUUCUCCCUCCUCCCCCCCUCUCCCUCCCCCCCCUCUCCUCCCCUCUCUCUCUCUCCCACUCUUUCCCCCCCCUCCCUCUCUCCCUCUCCCCCCUCCCCCUCCCCCCCUCUCCCUCUCUCCCCCCCCUCCCCCCCCUCUCUCUUCCUCCCCCUCCCCCCCCUCUCCCCCCCCU